AUGACUCAUAUACCAUUGGUCGCUGAUAAGCGCUUGGAAACAAAGCGAGCAGUGAGACGAAUGGCGAAAAAUGUUCGUGCUUCGAUGCGGUCUUCUCUACGGAACAAAGACAGCAAGGAGUUCUGGCAAAAUCUGGAGAAAUUGCAACCAGACGAUACUUCCAAGAUUUGCGCUAGACACCUUCUUCUCAUGCGCUCAGAAAUUAAGGAGACCCUUCGUGCUGCCUGCUCAGAUGAACACCUUGUUGAAGAGUUAAUGUUGAAUACGGGAUUAGGGAAAGAGUCUAUUGUCUCUAUUCUCAAACAGCAUGGAUAUCAUGAUGGAAUGGAGAGCAUUUCUCCAGAACUAGAAAACAGGGCUGAUCACCACUCCACGCCCAAGUCUUCGACGAGCCGAUCGAGGGGUGGCAAUGUUACUUUUGAUGUGCCGAAACUCGAUAUCUCAGAAGUCCGCAAUGAUAGACAUUCUCCAGAAGUCGUGAGCCCUAAUAGCGCUCACGUCGAAUUCGAAGAGAUUCCAAACACCCCUGAUGUUCAACAACAUCGCAAGACUGCACCUCAUCGCGUAGCAGCUGAACAAGGCACAACGUUUGUGGAAAACAGCCCACGUGAAGUGACUGAUAGCUCUGCAGAAAUAAGCGACCUUGCGAAGCGGUUUGGAGCUCGUCUUUAUCAAGACGCGUCGCUUGUUGAUCAGCUUCGAAAUGUCAAUCGAGAGAAAUCUUUCGUUGAACAGCUGCGCGACAUUAUUGCAACAUCGGCUACCAUGUCAACUGUGCAGUUAAAAUUCAUUCCAUCUGUGCCUUUAGCAAAUACCGCCACCAUCUGCAAGGAGAUUGACGUGCAAACCUCAAUUCGUGUGACGGAGUUGCCGAUUCUAACGAAAGAGGUUCGUGAUAAUGCUACUGAUGUUCCCUCGCUCGAUUAUUUCUCCACAUCGGACCUUGGUGGCUUGAAACAACUUCCUGAAUCGUUCGUCGCAACCCAAGAAGAUGCGUCCUCGUCCGCGUUUAGUUCUGAUCAAAGCGCUGGUCAAAUCACUAAAAGCAUGAUUAGCAGAGCGCAUACCGUAAUUCCAUUUGCCCAUGAUGGAAGCGUUCAAGUUACUCCAUCAAAAACCGUCCGAAUCUCAGAGCUUGUGGAAGACUCGUUCCUUAACGGUACGGCAGUAGAUGACACGACAUUUCGAGAGCCAACUUUUACAAUUUCUCCUAAUCUUGCUGGAAAGGCAAGUCCACGAACUCCAAGGGUAUCGGAAUCACCGUGGCGGCCGUCUUCACGUCGCCUCCACCUUCAAGAAGAAGAUAUUUCUACAAGUCAAGAGACUGACUCGUUGGAAGUGGUCUCGGUAAGUACUGGUGAAGCGCGUCGCCUGGUGGACGAAUGCUCAAGUAUUGCUCAAAGGGAGAAUCUGAGCAGUCCGAUAGGCGGAAAGGAGUUGAGAAACGAUGUGGUGGAUGACGAAGACUCAUUAAAAGAAAGUCAAGAUCUGAGUCAUCAUGAUGAAGAACACACGUACAACCAAGUAUCACAGAUAGCAAGUGAAUAG